AUGAAAGAAAGAAACGAUACAGAGAUUUCUAGUGGAUCCAUGUCUAGUGUUUCCCCUAUUCCAUCUUACUCUCCGGCGGAGCUACAUGUGCCGAUGACAACGUCUCCAUUUUCGUUUUCCAUUGCAGCAACUCGAUGGAGCUCUCAAACACCAUUUCAGGCUGCCAAUCUUUUCCUCCGGUUACUGGCGCUCGUAUUUUCCUUUGGCUCCGCUCUCUCACUAGCUGCCCCAUCACCUCCAAAAACCAAAUCCCCAAGCUUCUACGAUGACACAAAAUUACGGUACUGCUUCAUUGUGAACAUUUUGACAUUCCUUUAUGCAGCCUAUCAGCUCUUUAAAGGAAUCUGUGACAUUGCCCACAGAGGCGUGUUCAUCUCCGACAUGGUAUCGGACUAUAUCAGCUUCAUUUUUGAUCAGUUUGCAGGUUACCUCCUCAUUUCAUCUUCUUCUGUUGCUGUGCCAGUCAUCCAACAAAUGGACCACGGGACAUCACUAUGGAAAGCAGCUACUGUCUCCGUAUGCAUGUCAUUUGCUCUAUUCCUAGUCAUUGCAACUAGUGCACUCCUAUCAGGCUAUAAGAUCUGUAAGAGGAUCAUAUGGUGA